AUGUCGAAGAAUCCCCGCGAAGAUGUAUAUCUUCCGGGAAAACUAUUGGUAUUCGAAGGCAUAGACAGGUCCGGCAAAAGUACACAGUUGAAGCUCCUGUCGCAAAGGCUCACAGAUGAAGGAAUUAAUCAUCGCCUACUAAAAUUUCCAUAUUAUGAAACCGAUUGCGGGAAAACGCUGGCAGCCCACCUGUCAUCGCACGGCGCCGUCCGCUCGCGCCGUGCGAUACACCUUCUCUUCUCUGCCAACCGUUGGGAGAUGAUGAAGGAUAUUGUGAACAGCCUUGUGUCCGGGACACAUGUACUAGUGGAUCGCUAUGCCUUUUCCGGAGUAGCUUAUUCAGUUGGAGCUGAGAAUUUAUCAUAUGACUGGUGUAUAGUACCAGAUGAUGGACUUUUAAGCCCUGAUAUUGUAAUAUACCUCGACAAUCCUGCGCAUGUAAGCGCUAUGCGCAGCAAUUUCGGGAUGGAACGUUACGAAAAAGAAUGUAAAUUAGAGGCUGUACGUCACGUUUAUGACCAAUUUAGCAAACUGCCAUAUUGGCAGAGCUUUGAUGCAACGUUACCAGAAAAGGAACUUAGCGACGUAGUAUAUGAGAAAGUCAAAGAUGUACUCAACUCGGAGCCAAGACGGCUAUACGAUGCUGAGCUCCAUUUUCCGAAGGACCUGGAAUUGGAUAGAAAAAAAAGUGUACACUUAGUGCCGCCAUUCGUUUGA